AUGCUGCUGUUCUGGGGGUCACUGCUCUGCUGGGGGCUGCUGCCCCAGGCCCAAGGUGAAGCCCAGCACUUAGUCUUCAUGCGCAUCAACAAGGAUCAGCUGGAAACAGACAUUUCAGACCUGCUCUUUAAACACCGCAUCCUGGACCGUGUGACCAGGAUCCCUGUGAGGGGGGCCGCAGGUGAAGGCCUUGCCAUCUUGGACCACAUGCCCUUCGUAAGAAAAGGCCUCUCCAAGAAGAGCAGUGGGCUUGACCUGCCACUGAUCAGGGGUCUGUUCUCGGGACAGAGCCUCUUGCUGCUGGGGGAGCUGCUCCAGCUCGGGGGGUUAGUCAUAGAAGAUUCCGAAGGACCCGAGGUCACCUUGCAAGUCCUGAGUGACAGCCUGCUGCAGGUCACAUUGCGAAGUAAACUGUACCUCUCACUCCAGGGGAUCCUGCAGCUCAGAGUCAUCAAGAACAUCCGCAUUGGGGCUCGGCUGGAGCAGACGGGGAACAAGACCCACGUGGCCUUUGAGGAGUGCCACACCCCACCAGGGUACCUGAGCAUCCAGGUUCUGGAGCAGAUGAACCCCCCCCCGCCCCCCGGUGAACGAAGCUCUGAGGUUGGUGACAGAUGUCCUGGACGAGGCAUUGUCCUUCCUCCUGCAGAAGAUACCCCAGCCAGCUCGGACCCAGAAGACUUCCAGUACUAUGUCACCACCACAGAAUUCACGGAAGAGGCCAUCCUGAUGAAAGUCCAGCUUGUGACCCCAUGCGGCCCAGGUGAGAGAGUCCCAAGGCCUGACUAUCUGACCCCCAAGCCCCUCCCAAAAUUAGCCCAGGGCAGCCUGGCAGACCUGGUCUUUUCACUGGAAACCUACAAUGACAUCCUGUCCUGCCUGUACACCAGCAAGGAGAUCCAUGUGAACUCCCAGGACCCCAUGGCUGCCAACCUCAUCCAGCUAUUGUCACUGAGUGCACUGGAGCCUGAGCCCAAGACUUCUGAUCAGUCCAGAGGGAACGUGGGACUGACCAUCAGCAUCCCUGAGCCUCCCACUGUCCGCCUUGACGGCCACACAGCCUCCGUCAUCCAGCCGGGCUCCCUGCUGCUGCUGGGGUCCAGCAACACCUCCCCCGUCUCAGUUUCUUGGAAACUCCUUUCAAAGGCUGUGUUUUCCUCAAAAAACCAGGAAUUAAAACUUCAGUUCACUCCAAACAGCAUUACAGUCAUUCUGGGCCCUUACCCCGCUGGCCUUGCAGAGCAGAUGAGUCUCUUUCCUUACCCUUGGCUUCUCAUGGUUCUGAAGGACCCACGCACAGGCCUGAAAGAAGGCCCUGAGCCUCUGAUAGAACAAGGCCUCCUGCUGCCCAACAUUAAGGGCAUCUCCUUUGACCAGGCGCGAAUGGAGCCCUCUGAGGACUACCUGCUGCUGACCGUUCCAAAGGAAUAA